GCACUGGGGGCUCACUGGGAGGUUAUUGGGAGGUCACUGGUGUCACUGGGAGGUUACUGGGAGGUUACUGGGAGGUCACUGGUGUCACUGGGAGGUCACUGGGAGGUUACUGGGAGGUCACUGGUGUCACUGGGAGGUCACUGGGAGGUUACUGGGAGGUCACUGGUGUCACUGGGAGGUUACUGGGAGGUCACUGGUGUCACUGGUUCCGGGGCCGUGCAGGUGAUGGAGCCCCCAUCGAUUUCAUCACCGGCGAUGACGUCACCGAUGACAUCACUGAUGACGUCACCGAGGCUGCCAGGACCAGUAACACCAGUGCCUCCAGGAACACCAGUAUAACCAGUGGCACCAGUACGACCAGUGGCACCAGUUCCACCACCAACUUCAGUGCUGCCAGUUCCACCAGUGCCACCAGUGCCACCAACGACUCCAGUUCCACCAGCAACUCUCCCAGUACCACCAAUGCUCCCAGUUCCACCAAUGCCACCAGUACCACCAGUGACUCCAGUGCCUCCAGUGACUCCAGUUCCAGCAGUGACCCUCCCAGUGACUCCAGUUCCACCAGCAACCUUCCCAGUGACUCCAGUUCCACCAGUGGCACCAGUACCACCAGCGACCCUCCCAGUGCUCCCAGCACCACCAGAGACCCUCCCAAUGCCCCCAGUGCUCCCAGUUCCACCAGUACCACCGGCUCCAUCAGUGGCACCAGCUCCACCAGUGCUCCCAGCUCCACCAGUACCACCGGCUCCACCAGUGCUUCCAGUGCCCUUCCCAGUGCUCCCAGUUCCACCAGUGGCACCAGCUCCACCAGCACCACCAGCUCCACCAUUGGCACCAGUUCCAUCAGUGCCUCCAGUGCCCUUCCCAGUGCUCCCAGUACCACCAGCUUCACCAACGCUCCCAGUUCCACCAGUGCUCCCAGCACCACCAGCACCACCAGCUCCACCAUUGGCACCAGUUCCAUCAGUGCCUCCAGUGCCCUUCCCAGUGCUCCCAGUUCCAUCAGUACCACCAGCUCCACCAGCGGCACCAGUGGCACCAGCUCCACCAGUGCUCCCAGUUCCACCAGUACCACUGGCUCCACCAGUGCUCCCAGUUGCCCCAGCACUCCCAGUGCUCCCAGUGCUCCCAGUGUGCUGUUGUGGCUGCAGUGCUCUGGGGUGUCCCCCCACGGUCUGGGUCCCCCGUUCCGUGUGGGUGUCCCCGGGCGUGUCCCGGCUCCGGGGGCGGAGUCAGAGCGGGCGCGGGGGGCGGGGCUGUGGCCGUGGGUCGGGCGUGGCCCUCGGCCCUCCCGGGCCCCCGCGCUGGGGGUGGGGAGGGGCGCGUGGCGGGCGUGGCCAUGGCCGUGGCGGUGGCGGCGGCGGGAGGGGCGGGGGAGGGGGGAGGGGCGGCCGCCGUGGACCCCGGAGCGGGCGGGUGCUGGGGUGGGGCGGGACCGGCGAGGAGGGGCACCCCUGCGCCACGCGGCCAUCGACCUCAUCGACCGCGUCGCGCGGUGGCGGCGCCAUGGUGACGUCAUCGGUGAUGUCAUCGGGGUGACGUCAUCGGUGGGGGUGGGGAGGGUUAAUGUUAGUCGUGGUGACGUCAUCGGUGACGUCAUCGGGGGUGAUGGCAUCGGUGGGGUGGGGAGGGUCGAGUGUCGGUCGUGGUGA